CUUUGAACCAGACUUUCCAAGUUCUUCAUUCAACUGCUGCUCAGGCUUGUUUCCAGCUUAGGAUAGCCUCAGAGUCACCAGAUGGGGGCAUCAGCUGCACAGACACCGACAUACAGGGUUCAGUCAUGGUUUGCUCCAUUUUAAAAUCAAAUCUGUAUCCCUAAAAAAGAGUUUGUUUGGUAAACUCCGGCGUUAUUAGUACAAAAAAUACUUCCAUUUUUACUGUUUCUCAUUGUUUAUUGUACUUUUCUAAACUGUCAUUUAAAAACAAGGAUUCUGGCUGGUGCUGGUGUCAUGUGAUCAUAAAAAUGUUAUAAAAUAUUGCACAUUGCGCUGGUCAGUUUCCAAGGGAAAACUGUUGUUCUCUUUAAAACAACUCACUUCUCCCUACAUUAAAUGGUCAGUGUUGUGAUACUUAAACAGUCAGAUAACUGAAGCUUAAUGAAGUCAACGUAUAAACUGAAUCGUUACUGCCACAACAACUGUGGUUCAGAAUGUUUCCAUGGAAAUCAAGAAUAGAAUCCAGGUCAUCCUGACACAAGGACACUGCAACUGUAUUGUGCUUACGACAAAACCACGUCACCAAGUUUGACUUUUUCAGAGAACAGGCUGCUCCAAUAUAAUGACACACAAUGUCAUUUAAUUAUGGUAAUACCUAUUUUGGUAGAAAUAAAAUGUAAAAAUCCCGAAAUGCGCUGCAUAAGUUAAAGUCUUUUUAAAGGCUUACUAUAAUCCUCAUUGCCAGAGGCAAAGAAAUAGCAUUUGUUUUCCUGACUAAGGCAACCUGUAGUGAGCUGGUAAGUCUGACUUGUUUUAGUCGUUUCACCACCAGUAUUGAACAGAUGGUCGACAGUACUUCAUUGAGAAACUUGGGUUUGGUUUUCCCAGCUCAAACCCCCCGAUCUGCGUCCACACCCCCUUUCUUUUUGCUCGACCCCCUGGUGGCCCGCAGUUCUCGUGUUGUCCACCUCCUAGUUUGAUCCAUCCCUCCUUUCAAGCUGUUCCACAGUCGUUUACUACAAACGCUCCUGACAUCUGCGGUGUGGGGCAAGACUGAAGGACGUCUGAUCCGGUGAGAGGAGCGAGACGCUGUCGGAGUUGCUCAGUCGCCGGCCAGCGGUUGGAUGUUGGAGGUCCUCCACCAUAAGGGAGCUCUCAGUGAGGGGACCAGAGGGGAAGGAAGGAGCAACAGGGGGCAUUUUAAUACCAAAUGUGGACACAUGUUGAGCUAACGGCCCGCUCCACCCCACCUCCCCCCUUCUCCUCCCAGAUGCGUUCGUUGCCUCAGUCGCUCCCCCAUAACUGAGCAGUCAAGCCGGGCUUAACACGGAGGAGUCGCACCGGCCAGCCACCAUGGAUCUCAGCAAAAUCGCUGUCAGCAUCAAUAAGGCCAUCAACACGCAGGAGGUGGCUGUCAAAGAGAAGCAUGCGAGGACUUGUAUUUUGGGGACCCAUCAUGAAAAAGGUGCCCACACUUUCUGGGCGUCCGUCAAUCGUCUCCCCCUCUCCAGUAAUGCAGUCCUUUGCUGGAAGUUCUGCCACGUUUUUCACAAGCUGCUGCGAGAUGGACAUCCAAACGUGAUAAAAGACUCGAUGAGGAACAAGGCAGAUCUAACUGAUAUGAGCAGGAUGUGGGGUCAUCUGAGUGAAGGCUACGGGAAGCUGUGCAGCAUCUACCUCAAACUGCUCAUCACCAAAAUGGAGUUUCACAUCAAAAAUCCUCGUUUCCCUGGAAACCUGCAGAUGUCAAACAGGCAGCUUGAAGAAGCAGGAGAGAAUGACGUCAAUAACUUUUUCCAGCUGACGGUGGAGAUGUUUGACUACCUGGAGUGUGAGCUCAACCUUUUUCUGGGGGUGUUCAGCUCCCUGGACAUGUCUCGGUCUGUGUCGGUGACGGCAGCCGGUCAGUGUCGACUCGCCCCUCUCAUCCAAGUCAUCUUGGACUGCAGCCACCUCUACGACUACACUGUCAAGUUGCUAUUUAAGCUGCACUCAUGCCUUCCAGCUGAAACACUACAGGGUCACCGAGAUCGCUUCCAGGAGCAGUUUAAAAAGUUAAAAAGUCUAUUUUAUCGCUCCAGUAACUUGCAGUACUUCAAGCGGUUGAUUCAGAUCCCACAGCUGCCAGAGAACCCCCCAAACUUUCUGCGUGCUUCUGCAUUAUCGGAGCAUAUAAGCCCAGUGGUCGUGAUCCCUGCUGAGGCAUCGUCCCCCGAGUCGGAGCAUGUUGUGGAGACAGACGACCUGGUGGACACGGACGUCCCAGUGCUGCCGGCUCCUGUGGAGACAAAGUUUGAUGACUUGUUUGGCACUACAGCCGCAGUUGACCCCUUCAACUUCAACAGUCAGAAUGGAAUGCGCAAGGAUGACAAAGACCGUCUGAUCGAGCAGCUAAGCAGAGAGAUCCAGGCGCUCAAGGAAGAACUGGAAUCUUUCAGACUCGAGAGUGGACGCUUGUGUCAGGCACUGAGGGGGCGGGUCAAUGAGCUGGAGGCGGAGCUUGCUGAGCAGAGCCACCUGAGGCUCCAGGCGGCUGGGGAGAGCGAGUUCCUGAAGGCAGAGUUGGACGACUUGCGACGAGUCAGAGAGGACACGGAGAAGGAGCAGCGCAGCGUUACAGAGAUAGAGAAAAAAGCUCAGGCCAAUGAGCAACGCUACACCAAGCUGAAGGAGAAGUACUCAGAGCUGGUCCAGAGCCACGCCGACCUGCUGAGGAAGAACGCAGAGGUGACCCGGCAGAUGACGGUGGCACGAGCUGCUCAGGAUGAGGUGGAUGCCGUGAGAAAGGAGAUGCAGGAGAAGGUGAAGGCGGCGCAGGAGAAGGCGGACAGACAGGAAAAGGAACAACAGGAUCAACUUCAGGAGAUCCAGAGAGAGCUGAUGUCCAGCAGGGCAGAGCUGGACUCCCUGAAGACAACGGUGGUCUCCUCUCAACAGUCAAGCGAAGUGCUGAGCAGUCAACUCGCUGCUCUGGAAUCGGAGAAGGCGGAGCUGGUGAAGUCGUUGUCCAAAGCAGAGGCAGAGCUUGCGGGUCAGGGGGAGGAGCUAACACGCGUCCAGAGCUCGCUGGCCAGUGAACGGGAAAGUGGUGUGAAGGCGGCUGAGGCCCUGCAGAAUCAGCUCAAUGAAAAGGAGAGCCGGGAGCAGGCACUGGAGAGCCAGCUGGUAGCCACUCGCUGGUCUGGCCUGCAGGGGGCCGUGGAGGAGGCCGAGCGGAUCAUUCAAGACUCUCUGGCGCAGAUCGACGACCCGGCACACAUAAGCUGCACCAGCUCAGCAGAUUAUCUAGCGUCCAGAUGUCAGGCCUCGCUGGACUGCAUGGACCGGCUCCAGCCUGCCAGAGACGCCUUUGUUGCAGAUAAUUCUGCUGUGACUGACUUGGUGCGGGCGGUGACCCAGUGUGGUCACCUGGUGGGGGACGUGAUCGUUCAGGGAAGCGCCACGUCUCACAUGGUCCAUGUGGAACAAGCUGAAGCUCUUUCAGAAAGCGUGAAGUCCUGCGGGUCCGAAGCUCUGGUUCUGUUGGGACAGAUGAAGAACCGAGACACUCUGGUGUCGGCCGACAGCUGCAAACUGAAGGAAGCUCUUCAGUCCAUCCUGGGAACAGCGGAGAAACUGCGUCCCCAGGGUCUGGAGCUCCAGCAAGGGGAGUUGGGAGAUUUAGUGGAGCAGGAAAUGGCAGCCACAUCGGCGGCAGUCGAGUCUGCUGCAGCAAGGAUUGAGGAAAUGUUGAACAAAUCUCGAGCGAGUGACACUGGAAUCAAGAUGGAGGUCAAUGAGAGGAUCCUGGCCUCCUGCACAGAACUGAUGCAGGCAAUCAAAGAGCUUGUUCUUUCUUCCAAACAUCUGCAGAGGGAUAUUGUCGAGAGCGGCAGGGGGGCGGCCUCUAUGAAGGAAUUCUAUGCUAAGAACUCCCGCUGGACAGAAGGCCUCAUUUCUGCCUCCAAAGCUGUGGGCUGGGGAGCGACUGUGAUGGUAGAUGCUGCUGAUCUGGUGGUGCAGGGGAAAGGGAAGUUCGAGGAGUUGAUGGUCUGUUCCCAUGAAAUCGCCGCCAGCACCGCCCAGCUGGUCGCUGCUUCUAAGGUCAAAGCAGACAAGGACAGCACCAACCUGCACCGUCUGCAGCAAGCGUCGCGCUGCGUCACCCAGGCAACCGCGGCCGUCGUGGCUUCCACCAAGUCCGGGAAGUCCCAGAUUGAAGAGACGGACACGAUGGACUUCUCCAGUAUGACACUCACGCAGAUUAAGCGACAGGAGAUGGACGCACAGGUGCUCGUUCUGGAGCUGGAGACGCGUCUGCAGAAGGAGCGCGAGCGUCUCGGGGAGCUGAGGAAGAAGCAUUACGAGCUGGCGGGAGUAGCGGAAGGCUGGGGGGAGGAGGACGAGGGCUGAUUCCUGCCAUGGCUCCUAAAAACACACUAUGUUCAUGAUCAAACAUUUCAGCUUCUUUCCUUCUUUUAUAUUCUCCCCGGCCAAAUCAAACGGUGCUUCUUUUCUACCCCUGCAUUUGUAUCUGGAGCGUGAUCAGGUUUCAGGUAGUGACGCGGGACAUGAUUGGAAAUACACAAUAUUCCCACCAGAACUGUGUCGGCUCUUUUGAUGGCUUAUUAUUUAUUGUUUUUUUUUUGUCCUGGAUCGCUCUCUGGUUACAACUAUGAGCACAACUUCUACUGCAGGCUUCCCGCCAGAGGAGGCGGGCGUCUGCCUGCUUCCUCCAGUCCUGUCCUGGUGCAGCACCGAAGAGGCUUCUUUUGUCGUCAGUUCAUAAAGCUGCAGGAGCCGAGUCUUUCUUCUCCUCUCUUACUGUGAGUUAUCACCUCGUAAGUCCGUACCGCCUCCACCGGCCGGUUCACUGGACUUUCCGCCUUGCACCUCCUUGUCUUUGUAAAUGACCGUGACUGUUCAUUUUUUUGUUGCCUGCUCGUAAACUUUUGAGUACAUGCGCUGAACUGAACACUUUGAUCACAGACAGCUUCAGGGUCACACUAGGGAAAACACAACUGUCCUUCCUCCGGAUCACUGCGAUGCAUUCUUAUACCCUACGGCAACUAGUUUCCCAAUAAAAUGGUUUCAUCUAAAGCUGACUUGGUGCACAAAACAGACUGUUCCUCCACCACAGGCCGCGUACAGCCGAGCUCACCACUGUUGCGUUUGUAUAUUUGGACGGAUCUUACUGUAACACAACUAGCGUUCUGCUUAACAUAAGUGUCUUUUCUUUGACCAACUUAAACGUCUGCGUGCUGGCAGAUGACCACUUGGUGCAGCACAAAAUGUUGACCAGAAGAUUACGACCACCUGCUCAAGACAGGUUCUCCUUUUGUUUUCAGCUGGCUGGCAGCUGUGCGGUGUGUCGUCACCCCACAUCGCUCGGACUGUUUUACCACAUCACUUAUAAUGGUAGCCCAGAGGUCUGCAACCUUCGCAGCUUAUUGCCGCCAAUUCUCUCUCAGACGUCAGAACUCUUUUAACUUUUUAAUGCAGAAAAUCGAGACACAGGAAUAAAGUACCGUGUGUGGAUUUUAACUCAUUAAAUGCCAAUUUGACUACUGGAUGUUGCUGUUAUUUAUGGGCAGAGGGUGCUACUUUCACUUUUAUCCUGUUUUCGGUAAAAACAAUUUUGAUGCUUGUGGAAUUUUUAUGUAGAACCCUGUUGUUGGCCUGAGGCUUGAGCUUAAGUGAGCAAUGGAAAUCGAACGUUCUUAGUUAAACAUUGUGAGGAUUUUGACUCUUCGAUGUUGAAACUUUUAUGUAAUAAAAUGAGUUUUCAGGAUUUGUUUGUCCAUCUGGAUAUGCCUAAUACAACAUCAAAAAAAGAUCUCCAAAACAAUUAGGACUGACUUUCCAUUUUAAACAGCAACUACACAUGGGGACUGCUGGUGUGCGAGGCUGGGAGUAUAACGUGAUAAGUGGCACUUUCAAUGACAAACUGUCACUUUUUGUGACUGGUCAUAAUGUUCUUGUGGAAAACAACAAAUUGAAUGUUAAAAUUGAAAAUUCACUUUCAAAGCAGGUCAAAUCGGUUACACUGGCAUUUAAUGGGUUAAAUCUGAGGUCAGAGUAAGAAUUUCAUUGAAAGCAACAUAGAAGUGAAAGGGUCUCAUGUCUGUCAUGUCAACAAAACUGUCAGUUCAAGGGUUAAAAGCCUCCAAACUUAAUGUCCUCAUGUUGCUGUUUUGUAAAGUGACAACAACUCACACCCUGGUUUCUAUUAAACUUCUCUUUAUGCUUGCUAUUCUACAUUGCCUUGACACAUUGUGGCCCAUGGGCAUUUGGAUUUUAAUAACACUGAGCUAUGAGGACAAUACAGUCAACAGGGAUCAGGUUGUAGAACCCUGAACGAAAUCUUCAUGUGGUCUGGUGCCAUGAGGACCAAGUGGUCCAGCGCUCUCUGUCAGGCCCAACAAGCCGGACAGACUCUAGCUAACUCUCUGCCUCGACUCGCCUGUGGCCGCGCUAGAAUCCACCCUCAAGGACUCAUGAAACCAUUUUGAUGGUGUUAUACAACAGACGUCCUGAGCAGAUUUGUGCUAUUGCUGCUCUGUUGUGUGUCUUGACACUCUUCUUUGGUGUGUGAUGAGGAGGUCUGUGUUGUGACACUGGGUAUUUAACAGAUCGGGGUUAUUGUUAAACAAUGUUUCGUUCAUUUUCACAUCCUUGUUUUGUUUUUCAACCAAUUUAAAGAGCCCUUUUUGGAGCGUUUCAUUCAAGUGUCUUAGAAGUGGAUGCACGUGGCGUAAGGACUUUUUGCCCAAAUACUCUUCUUUAUUAACCCUUGUUUUGUUUCUGUUGGUGUGUGUGUGUGUGUGUUAUUGUGCUUCUAUCUUUGUGAGAACCUGUCAACAGAGUGAGGACCCUCAUUCUGAGGGUUAAAACUACAAAAUACCUAGGUUAUUAUGACAGGGGUUCGGUUAAGAGUAAAGGUUAAGUUUAGCCAUUUGUUUUAGGUGGUGGUGGAGGUUUAGGAGAAGAGGCUGGGGAAAGCAUUACAUCAAUGUAUGUCAAUGACGGUCCUCACUAAGAUAGGAAGACAAAUGUGUGUGUGUGUGUGUGCCCGCUCAGCCAGCCUUCCAAACUGCCUCACACUGUAGUCGAAGAGAAACAAAUACUCACAUAGCUACAUCGUCUCUGUAUGAUACUAAAACUAUGUCAGUGGGUUUGUUUUUAUUUUCUAAAAUAAACAACUGAUAUCUCGCUGUGGUGUU